AGGCGAUCCAUAUAAAGAUCAAUUGACAGCUGUUAGAACGCCGCAGAAUCCCAUGACCCUAUCGCGGGUUCAUUCUUUAUUUACCUAUGAUAAAAGGCAAAUUUCACUUUGAUAAAAAGGACAGAUAUCAACGCCUUUCCCUUAGCAGACCAUUUCUGUGUUUCUCUUGGCUAUGAAACGAGAGUAAUAGGCCUUUUGCAUCAGUUGAUCACGUGCUCAACUUUCGGUAAACACGAAAACAGUUCGCUUUUGAAAAAUUUUGUUAGCACAAGAUGAAAAAGCAUAUUAAAAUUAGGUCACCUGCAUGUUCAGCCGUAUAUCUCAAAAGUAGCGAUUGCUACGGCCGCCAAGAAUUGGAAGGAUUUGUAUAAGAAAACUUUUGCCAUCCAUUCACGCUUGAUUUCCCAAGAAAGGUUUCAGCGUAGACCUCAUUUAAAAGGGGAGAGUUUAGAAAGUCUAAUAAGUCUUUCGCCAUUAUACUUUAUUAUCCACAUUUCGUAAGUGGGGAUUUAGUUCUGUGCGUGGUCUUUGGCGUUGUACCUAAGUAUCUUAGUUUACGUUUAAGGCACGAGUUUACAAGUUCGAGAACAAAAGGUAACCGACAGGACAGCAGGAUCGUGAGGGAUGAUUCUCAAUUUCCCAAAAGUUGUGGCUGUAUUCGUACGGAAUAGUUUUAUUUUCCCUAGGAGAUGUACCUUUCCCGGACAAACUGCAUAAUUGAUCUUUUAACGCACACAUUAAUGAGGUCACAAAGAGUACAAAUUACCGUAAUCCUCUUAGCUGAUAAAGUGAAGUUGUGAGGGUACGUUACUAGUCUUGUCCACUCUCUUUACAGAUCCCAAUCAAGAGUGUAAUCUUCCCCUUGGAGUAACCUCUGUAAACAGCAACGACUCUAAAAUCAGCUGGCUUUCCUUUCAUGAUUGGGGUACGUUACCCACCGAGGCCAAGCUGAACAGCUCUGGUGGGUACCGAGCAAACAAGAGUGACCCUGAAAACGAGAAGUUUGUACGAGUAACAUUCACCAAGGAGACCAUACUGACUGGGGUGGCGACCCAGGGGUUUGGCGAUCCCGCAGUUGAUGAGUGGGUUACUAAGUACAUAGUGAGUUUCGUCCGCAUGACAAAUGGGGAGGAGCAAAAGGAGGAGUACAUUAAUGAUAAAGACGGUAGACCCAAGGUAAAAACUUCUCUUUUGUAAAGAGAACACUGCCUGAAAGGAAACCCAUGUUGAGAAAGUUUUUUUUUCCACUUUUUAUUAACAGCCAACUAUUGUGGACACCAGAGCUAGUCCUCUAUAGGGCAAGGGUGACAGCAUAGAGUGCAUACGUUAUAGUAUAGGGGACACUACGCGUUCUCUAUCACUGGUAGCAUGAUACCUUACAUUUGUAUCAACAAUGUUUGGUCUUUCUGCUAAUAAAAGAACAUCACACAUGUUAUUUGAACAUGCAUCGGUCAGAAUAAUUCUGUUUUCUUAAUACACUGGCAAACUGUGUAAUUCAUGGUAGAGGCUUUUCGGAGUCUACUAUUAUCCUAAAAAAUAAGGUCACCAAUGCCAUUAUUGACUAUCAAUAGUGACGUAUAAUGCUGCUUAAGUACUCGUGAAAUUGUUGGAUGCUAAAAAACAAAAUGUUGACAUUUGUAGACAUUCCAAGGGAACAACGAUACAGUUACAAUUGUCCGCCACAACUUUAAACCAGUGAACGUAAAGACGGUGUCUAUAUGCCCGCAAGAUUCUCACAACAACGUCGCCUUCAGAUUUGAACUUUACGGAUGUACAAUGAGUAAGUAUGGUCAUGAUUUGAGCGAGUGAUAUGAAUCUGUACUCAAAAUUUCUACAUAAAACAUAUUGUGAGACGGUGUCGGUUAAAAACGUAUAUCCCGGUUAACGCUUAUCCGAAGUGAGUUCAAGGUUAUUGUUUAUAAUGUGUUAAAAUCUUCUUCUACGUAUGUUUGAAAGGUGUUUGCAAAAAAAUACUUAAUGAAAGUACGGUCAGUUGCCUUUUCCUCUUUACAAAAUUAUUCGGCAAACAAAAUGAGAACACACACCAAAUCAAUUCCCUACGCUGGUGUUCAAAUCCAUAAAUUCUACAACAAGUAAUAACUUUAACAAGAAGAUUUAAUUACGUUAACAACCUAAAAACUGGUAAUAACACUAAAAUGGAUGUCCUUGAGAAAGUGUUUACAGUAAGUGGGGAAGUUUUGCAUCGCUUGACCUUUUAGUUUCAUUCUUUCUAAUUUUUCUCCAUUUGAGACACGGAUUGCAUUUACGCGCAAAGUCAAUUAACUAUAGCGUCAUUAGACACGUGACCUUAGGAUUAUCCCUCAAAAGACUUCUUAAUUUUAGAGGUCUUGACAUUCUUAUAGUGUCCGCCAUGGCUACAGGAACAAUUUAGUCCGCUAGGAAAAACAGUGUUCUUCGCAGGGAAUCUAAGAUCAAAGAAUGCCCUAUAUCGCAUUGUGACGAGGACAGAAGAAAGUAAUCCGCGAGAAGGAAAUGGCUUCACAUAACAGUGAAUCACUUUGAUUUACAGUUUGGGCAUAGCCUGAAAGAUGAGAAGAAAGGUCCAUCAAAGGAAAUGCGCGGCGCUUUUUGCUUGUUGACUUUUUAAUUACGUGGAUAAGUAAACAAUUCUAAAAAACGUUCUUGUUUAUUGACAGAAAAAUCUGUGGUAGUGUGGCUUAAAUGGAAAAAUCAGAGUUGCACGUUAGAAAUGUUGUGGCACGUACAGUCUGACGGGUUUAAGGAGAAAGAAUCCGAACUUCACCUGAAAGAGGUAACAACUUAGCAAUCAAUGGUGCUGCUAGGUAACUACUAAAAACUAUGUGCGAUAAUCAGGUAGGCUGCAUUGUCACUGGUAACAAACAUGGCUGGACAGUAUAGGGUUUAACCCUGUUCGCCUUAUGAACUUACACACCUUCCACACAUACAGAUAAGACUCAGUUUGGUACGGAGUGUAAUGAUAGAAAAAAAACAAAAAAGAUAACUGUAUUCAGAAAAACUGAUUAAUUAGAAACAUCUUUCAGAUCGAAAUGGAAUUUUGAGAUGUUGGUUUACGAAGGGAGUGGAAACAGAGGUCUUCGCAUGGCAUAGCUUGAUAGCCAACUCUAAUUUCAAAUAACGGGCACGAAAUGACUCUUAUUCAAGACUAAGCCUUUCCACUAGACUUCCCGACUUGCCUUUUGAGCUGUUCAGAGUAGGCAUGGGUUAUCAAUACAGUUUCCAACCAGAAAUUAUAAACCUAAUCUAAGGCUCCUGCCCAAUAAGAUCCAUAUAAAAAUACUCAAAGUCAAACUUGCUCUUUCACCCUGACUACCCCUAAUCCAACAAGCCCAAUAUAUUCACGUUGUCCAUCUCUCCUUCAGCUAGGCGAUAUAAGCAGACUUCCCGGAGUUCAAGUGGUCAGCCUUGUGCACCUAAGGUACUUGUGGCGCUUUUUGCAGUUAACCUCGAAAAAAGUUGAUAAGUAAAUAAACCUCUUCUCAGAGGAUGGCUUACCGGAAGAUAUCUGAACGCCUUGAACAGGCUAACGCUUAUACCCUUUCCAUGGGGUUUUGCGCCACUGCAUUAGUUUAGGAUACGUUUCAAUACAUUUUUUGGCCACUUGUCAUGGGUGGUUUUAAGUGGAUUUUCCGUAUCUCUCUUUGCUGGAUGUAUAACAUUGAUGUAACUUAACUAGGAUACACCUACAAUUCAGAUGACUGAAUGAUGCAUCAUAAAUAACCUUUUGACAUGAAUGUCUCGUGUUAGUGGAGUCAGAAUCUGUGAUUUCAAUACCUUUCCAAUGUUUCAAAAAUAAAUGCAACUUUUAUUUAAGUUUAGCGGCACUGUCGUGUGUUCUUUAAUGUUUUAUUAUUUUCACUUUAGGCCUGAUUAUAGAAGUGUAAUUGUUGAAAUCAAGGUUGGUGGGGAAGAAUCACAAAUGGUGCAGAUGACCGAAGAAGUAAAGAAGAUUAUAAAGAGCUCAACAGAAUUUGACCAUGAUUAUCUAGUUGUUAAGGAUCCACAAGGUACGUAUUCUGUGAAGACAAGCUCAUCAAACUAACUAUUUGAUAACGAAAUCAGAUUAUUUCUGCACUUGGUGGAGUGCUGGUUGGUUAUCAAAACCUUGUCGGAACAAAGCUAAAUACACAUUGAACAGCGGAAUUUGGUAAACAAAUUUAAUUAUUUGAAUCAACCGAUACAGCUAUACGCAACAUAGAUAAUUACGGCUCGAUAACUUCAAUUAAAGGUGGACAAUUUAAGAUGUCAUCUAGAAGAUCAGAGUGGCAAGUCAAAACUAUGACGUUCAGCAACAAAUUAAAGUAUUACGCACUACUUUUACAGUCCCCCAUUAGCUUGAUGAAAGAAUGCUCGUGUUUUAAACUGUUUUAGAUAAUCCUUUUAACUGUUGGCUGUAGGGUCCUCAGCAAUGAAUUUCCCUCUUAUGCCUUUUUUACUCAGCAACGCCACCCUGUAACACGCCGAAUAUCUCAGAGAUCCUCUCUCAGGAUUAUGCUGAUCAUGAGUCACUUCCUAAAAUCAACCGUUCAACGUCCUACACUGUGAAAGCAUUGAUUACUAGCCAUACUGAUAUGAAAGCUAAAAUAACGUGGAAAGUUGCACAUCUGUUACAUGAGGAUCAUACAACAGAGUUACAAUCAAAUUUCCAAUCUACAAAGAUAGUUAAACAACAAGAGGUUGUUCUUAAAAGCAACACAACGACACAGUGGGAAAUAUAUCCCCGCACUCUAAACUAUGGCCUAUACUACGUGCAGGUUAGGAUAGAAAUGAAAAAUUUACCAAGUUGCAUAAACUACAAUUAUGGGUUUCUGAAAAUCGAAUCAUCACCGUUGCAAGCUAUCAUUUCUACUGAACCUUCCCAAAAGAAAAUUGUUAAAGAACUUUACAAAGAAAUUCAACUAAAUGCUUCGGGAACUUUUGACCCAGAUGUGGAUAAGGCUGAUAAAAUCGGGUUAAGAUACACUUGGAUUUGUGCCAGGCAGGGUGAAAAGAUGGAAAACAUUGCUUCACUGCCAGUUAUUAUACCAAGUAAGAGAAAACAAAGAUCGGGUGGGAGGGGAUGUUAUGGCAAUGGUCCUGGAAAGCUGAACUUCACAGGUUCGACAGCAGUAUUGUUUCUGGAUGGCAUGGUCGUAGACAAGGAUUAUAUCAUAACACUGAUUGUUGAAAAAGACACAAGGAAGAGUAACGUUUCCUACAACUUUAAGUUGACCAGCACUUACAGCUUCAGCCUAGGAAUCGGGUAAGUCGCAUUGAACUCUUAUCAAUAUACUAAGUGAGUAUAACAAAGAUGCCUUGCUGGCAAACAGUGUCGUUCCCAACAAUGUUUCAGAAAGGACAAGCACAUUUCAGUGUGUGUCAACCAUCAUUUUUUUUAAACAAGCACUACCAUUUGUUAUCAUCAUUGUCAUAUGCACCUCAUUAUAAUAUCAUAAUCAACUCAAAGAAUCUUAUCAUUACUUCAUCCUCCUGCUUUUCCACCCCUCAUAAUCAUACCACUGAUUGUUAUCAUCAUCAUGGACAAGCUAACAGGCCAUUUCUGAGUUGCCCCAAACCUCCGUUUCAAAGGGAGGCUAAGUGCAAAGAAAUGCAUAUGAAAAUGAUUCCUUUUUAUGCAAGAAAGGCUUGCACUUAGCCUCAUUUUGAAAGUGAGAGUUUUUGGAACUCAGAAAUAGCCUAUUGGCAUCAUUCACCUUGACCAUUGUUAUUGCCCCCGCAGGGAUUUCGCCCAGAAGGCGAAAUCCCAAGGAGGCACUCUAGUAACUUGUGCAUAUAUUAAGGAAAGUACUUACAGUUGAAAUAUACAGUCAUACAGUCAAUAUAGAAAAAAUCUCGAUUUGCUUGAAUGGGGCCGCGAGGAAUCAGUAGGUAAUGCAGGGUUCUCAAUAGAUUUUUAAGUAGGAGGUGAUCACUGAUAAAGUAGGAGGCUCUUCAGCAAAGCCAGAGGUGUCAAAACAAAGCAAAGAAAAGUGACUUAAACACAAAGUAAGCGGCUAUAAAUCCCAAAGUAAGCGGUGAUCAAUCGCCGGGUGCCGCCUUCUAUUGAGAACCCUGGGUAAUGAUGACGUUUCUAUUGUUUGCGCCCGCAAGUACGAAAUGGUUAGGAUGACGUAAAGACAGAACAUCCCCAAGGGACCACUUAGGUAGAUUUUGUGACAUUUAUUGUGCAGUCAUACUUCGACACUCUUUUGUGUUACAUGUCAUCAGUGACAUUCUGUGGAGCAGUUGUUUCAGUGAAAGUUAUGGACCAAAAUUUAACGACACUCAAGCACAGAAGAAGUUAUAAGGUGCAUAUAACUGUGUAUAUAUAAACACUUGGAAGGUUUGCCAGACACGAGUUCACAAAUCUUUCAUUGGAAACCUUGCCAGACACUCUUUCUCUCUCUUUGACCGGAAUAAGACUCAGUCAGUGCUAUAUCCCCCUACUAAAAUUAUACAUCCUACUUUUUUCUUGUUUUGUUAUGAGAGAAGAUGUUUAUGUCACAAACACAGGACAAAGGAAGAAUUCUUGGUUUGCAUGGUGGCAAUGUUGGGUGGUCAAUACAAUAACAAUAAUAUUUUUAAAGAAUUUGCAUGAAAAUGGAAUUUAGUUCCCAGAGGAUGGAAAUGUUCUGGACAACCAAAAAGGCUCCCAUGACAUCACGUGCAAACCAGCAAUAUGAGUCCAACAAUGGAUUGACACCCACAUGUGACAUCCUCCAAAACACCUGGCCUGCUGCCCUACCCAUUGAGUGACAGUGAGGCUCAUGAAGAGCAGGGCCAUUUUACAGACUUAUGUUUCACAAGUGAGGCAUCGAGCAUACUCCUAAGGUCGGCAACGUCAAGAACAUACUGUUACUAUGGUACAAAGUGUGUGACUUUGUUACCCAGAAAAACUGAAUUCAUCGCGCAAAGCUCAUAUGUGAAACUGAUGGUCAACAUCGACAGAAAGUAGCUAACCCAAAUUAAAUGCUUUCUUUUGAUGUACUGGCCCCGGUUUAUACCUUAUUUACAAUAAUUAACGAAGUCUUAUAAGCUUAAGCUGAAAAAGACUCGUCAAUCUCUAAAUCUGUUGUUCUCGGGUGAUUUUCUUUAAACGGUAAUAUGUUAGGUCGUUUGAUUUGGUUUGCGCUGCUAGAAAUUAUAUUCCGUUAAAAUAAACGCUGAUAACAAAUAUCAACCGGUUAGGGUAAGAGCUUUUAAUAUUUCACUCACCUUCUCGAUUUAACCCGUCAUCUUUUCCGCCAUCUUGCCUUCUCACCAAGCUUAGUAGCCGCUCUGCAUAUUGCGUAUCAUGUAAGCUCACUAAUGUGUCAUUCUCGUUAUACUUUUCAGGUGCAAAAGAAAUUGCAAAGAAAAAGUGGACACGAAAGAGAAAAUGAUAUUUGAAGGAUUAUGCAUUGGGGAGGUCUGCAAACAAAGUAACACACGCUUCACCUGGUUGCUUUACCGAAAACGAGAUAGUAGAUUGGUGACGUUAACCAAUAAUAACAAUCUUAAGUUACUAGAAAUCGAAGGAAAUGUUUUGGCAGAGGGCGAGGAUUACGAGCUUCAGCUCCACGGAUAUUUGCCUAACAUGAAAAAUGACUUUCAGAAACACAAUAUUACUACAAACGAGUCACCCCGUGGCGGGAAUUGUACCGUGGACAAAUAUGAGGGAACUGUUUUGGAAACUAAUUUCACGUUUACAUGCUCUGGAUGGAACAACACUGAUAAAAACCUGUUAUUCCAGUUUGGAUACUUAACUGGCGCCGGCGCGUUCGAAAUUCUGCAGGAAGGAACACAGAGUUACCUUCAUACAAAUAAACUUCCCCUUGGAGACUCUUUGAAAGAUAACACGCUUCGAGUGGACAUUUACGUUAAGGAUGAGUGGGGAGGGUAUGCAAACAAGAGUGUUAAUGUCAAGGUAAGGCCACGGCAAUGUCCCACUGUCUGGUCCCUCCUAGCGCACCGUAAGACCUAUUGAUAUUACAGUAUUUUGGUUAAAUGAGGAAAAUAAGUAUAUAGAUGUGAAAUAAAUCGGAAAAUGACAUUUACAUGUGAUUGCAUUUGCUAUACCUGAUCAUGAAUAGCCAAAAAAAAACAUAUAUGCAUCCCCUUCCUUAACUCUCUUUUCUCGCAGGAAUAAGUAAAGGUUUUUGUUUGUUUGUUUGUUUUCGUUUUUUACUAACAAUACCUCUCUUGUUUUGGUAUACCGUUUUUUAUUUUUUUUCGCGAAGGUCCACCCUAGCAAAACAAUAAACAUGCCUGCCCUGUAUCAAUACACUAUUGGUAACCAAAGUGAGAUGGCCAAACUAUUAAAGAGCGAAGAUGGUGGGAAAAGCGCCAUGCGACUCGCUAACACUCUGCUGUCUGUCAUGUCUGCUGCUCCAGAGAACGAAUUCAAAACGGAAGAUAAAAUUAAGGUUCGAGAUUUACAUUCUUUUUAUUUGUCAGUAGAGAGUAGGGAUCCGAAAGGUUCGAUAUCAUGAAGAGCAAUUUACCUGAUGAACGUAAACAUGUAAGAACUACAAUGAUAUAAUGUCAAGAUGCCUUUGCACUGAGCAGAUUAAUAUUUGAAAUCUUAAAAACUCUUUUGGACAAUAUUUUAACCAGUUCCUCGGUUGCGCGGUUCAAAUAUAUGAAGUUCAUAUAUUCAUUAUUUAAUCCUUGCAACCGUCAAUUAAUCUCUUGAUUUUGAUGAUUGAUAACAUUUUUUCCUUGUCAAAUAAAGCUCAAGAACGAGAUGAUAAGACAUUCUUCCAAGGUCAAAGUUGACGAUCUUCAGGGAUUACUUUUGGUUACUUCUGUGGUAGCGAGUGCAACAAACAAGCGUGAAGAGCUCUCUGAGGAAUCACAGGUAAAUUUUAAUAGUCAAUGAACUUGGAAGGCCGACGGUGUUUAACAAAACAGCGUUCUAAGCCUUUUUCAGUUAGCGAUCUUUAGAUUCAAGUACGAGGAUAAGAUUUAACUGUAAUUUUUAUCGCGUAUUCUCAAACAUAGACACCUCGCACUCUUCGCGAAAUGACAAACUUCUAACAUUUGAUAACUUGUUUCCGCCACUACUACGUUCUCUCUAAAACCCGUAGUAAAAGGACGACUGCUAUCACGUUUUUCCCGCCAAAAAGACGAUGGUUCACGCGCGCGCACCACUUGGUAUUUAGAAAAUCUCGUUCUCGCAUUCGUCCUUUUUCGUUUGCCGCUGUUGACAGUAUUAAGAAGCCUUUCACUCUAGGCUAGACCCCACUUAAUACAAGGUAAUAAUUAAUAAGUCAUCUGUAAUUAUGUUGAUUUUUGUCGUUGUUUAAGGGAAGGGGGCGGCUGUGUACUGCAGGCUAAAAGGGAAUAAUAAAGUUAUGUAAUAGCACUAUAAAUAGCUAACAAUGAAUUAUCUCCAUACAGAGGAAAGCAGUUGACGUUCUGGAAAACAUGGCAAAUAAGUUCCAAAACAUCUCCUUAAGUUACCGCCAGGAUACAAACGGAAUUCAGAUGGCAGGAAAUAAUUUCUUGGUGGGAAUAGGAAAUGUUCUUAAUGCUUCUUCUAUGACAAUCGAGACAAACAAUCAGGCGGAAACUAAUGAAGAAGAGGGAGACAAGAAUUCGAAGAAAGCAAACGCUACCAAGGUAUUUGCACCCUCCAAGAGAGCUUAUUUUCAAAUCUUGUUAAAAAGGGUUUUUUCUUUGAGACCCAAUGACGAACUCACGCUAUAUUGAGACGUCGGUAAGGAAGUGUUCGUUAUUUAUCAUUUGGUGGUGGUGGGGGGGGUUCGGCUAAAUCAUAGGACGCAGAAAACAUUAAGAUGCUUCCUUGGUGGGGAGGUUAUUAGACUUUCAAGAAAGCUAGUGGGAAGGGGGGUCGUGAACGUUUUCUCAUCUCACGUGGACCUAAAUGCUACAUCGGCUAAGUAUAAAUUUAUGAGGAACUUCAUUGAAGUACCAUCAAACAACUUUUUUCUAUCAAGCAGAAUGACCAGGAGUCAAAUUUUUUUUAAAUUAUCGUUUUCAACGUUUCUGCCAUCAGACAAAAGUUCUCGCGCAAAAAGCCUGGAACCUUAUCGGUAAAGUCGGGGACAGUAUGUUGGCUACGCGGAAGGUUCAUGACAAGCCACUGAAAAUGGAAACAAAAGCGAUAUCCAUGGUUCUUAACAGACAGAAACCAGAUGAAAUCAGCAAAAAACCUAGCCAAGUUAGAGGCAGUAACGUGACAUUCCCAGCACCUAAUGUCUUAUUAGGCUCAAAAGCGAUGAAUAUGACGCACGUGGACUCACAGGUAAAAAAUUAGCCUGUUCCAUGCGUUCAGAUCGUACGUGGAGACGGCGCAAAGAAGCGUGAGCAGAAAAAAAAGGGACGCCGCACUCCACUAUCCGAACGCCUGGAACAGGCUUCUAAAAAAUAGAUGAAUAUAUCUAAGAUAUAAUUUUUCGCUAGGAUGUGUUGGCUUAAUUUGAUUUACUAGUUUUAAUGUAUUUCGUAGCAGACGCUCAAGUAAGGAUUUUGACACUAUCAGAAUUAUAGAAAGAGGGAUUUUCGUUCGUACAUGUAUGUGAAUGAAACUGUUCAGACAUAAAAAACAAAUUAAAAAGAUUUGUAAAUACGAGUAAUCGCGGUGGAGUUUUUUUAUUCUCUCAAAACGAGAGGACGAGGUAAGUUUGAUUUAAUACUCAUGCAAAAUGUACAGUUCGAGUUUCGACAAGUUUUACGUCAUCAUUACUUGCCGGCUGUGAAAACAUCUACGGUCGCUACUGCAUCUAAAAAAUAAACUAUGAUCACUUCAACCCAUAAUCUGCCAUUAUCGUCUUAUAAGAUAUAAAAAGUCCUUCAUUUUCUGCUCGCAGAAAAUCAUUACUUGCCGCUGUGAGGACAUCUACGGUCGCUACUGCAUCUAAAAAAAUGAUCACUUCAACCCAUAAUCUGCUAUUAUCGUCUUAAAGAUAUAAAAAGUCCUUCAUUUUCUGCUCGCUUGCAAUUUCUUUUGCUUUUAUCCCAUCAGUCCUUAAUGGUGGCGGGUAUCGUGAAUAAGGUCAAUUACCGGAGGCAGUGUGACCAUGCGGUAAGAGCAUGGGACAUGCAAUCGAGAGGCCAGGAGUUCAGGUCCCGUUUCAACCGCUAGAUGAAUUGCUCAGUGCAGACCAGAUCCUAAUCGGCCACGCUUGUAAAAAUAGUUUUCCUAGUGCCAGUUGUUUUGAUUUUUUUUCUGUCAUUUGCCCUCCGAUAACCUACUGCGCUAUAAUCUUGCCGAUGGCAAAUGAAGGAAUUUUCAUCAUCAUCAUUAUUACCAGAAGAAUACUCUACGUUUCAAGUGGAUUAUCAGAAGAACACUCUACGAAAGAUGGGCCAGACAGACAGUUUUCUCUCGUAAUGUUAGUGAUAUAGAGAACCGCAGAGCUGCCCCUUGUAGUCAAAAUGUCGAGAAAACCGAAGGUAAAAUAGUCAGACCGGAUGAAUAGCGACUUAUGAGAGUGUAAGAGAAGGGCUAAGGAGCUGACUUCCUCACAAGAUCCACUAUGUAAUGCGAACGGGAAAAGACAGGAUACAUCAUGGUUAUGAGAGAACUUGGUGAGCAGAAAGGGUAUGGUCACCUCGGCUUAAAAGGGCAAAAUUUACGCUAUCAAGCCUCGAGGUUAGAAAAAGCACAAGAAUGUUCUGUGGAUAAUUGCGUUCGACGUUAGGAGAACGCAACACAUAAUCUUGGGAUUCCUGUGGACCUUUUUUGUGGUACUCAUUUCGUCGUACGUCUUCAUUUUCUGCGCCAUCUUCAACAAUUUAUCUCGUGGGCACAAAAAUGUUAAAUACAUUCAAUUAAUUUGAAAGACGGUAUUGGUAAUGGUUGCGUGGCGCAAUGGAUUAUCGGAGUAGGGCAAAUGACAAAAAAAAAUCAAAACAACUAGCCAAAUAUUAUAAUUAUUAUUAUUAUUAUUAUUAUUAUUAUUAUUAUUAUUAUUAUUAUGCAUGCGUCAAAUAAGAAAUGACCAACAAGGAAAUAAGGCUACAAAUUUGUAAAUUUAAAAUCAGUAGUUGUUAACACUGCUACAUAUUAUUACGUUUUUUCCUAGAUACUUUCAUUUGAAAACAACCCCUUCUCGUGGGAAGAAAGUGCCAAACAAGUAAGCUCCGCUGUGGUCAGCAUCGAUUUGAAAAAUGAUAAAGGGGAGUUAUUAAAUGUAUCGGGCUUGUCUCAAGAGAUUGAACUAAAUAUCAAGACAGGAACACCAAAGCAAAGUGUGGAACCAAAACAAAGCUUUGUGAAACCAAGCAUUAAUAACAGCAUGCAAUACCACAAAAUAAAGAUUUCCUCAGAGGGAACGGCAGUUACUUUGACGAUAGUUCCACAAAACGAAACUACUCUGCAAAUUUAUGUUCGUCAUUUCAAGCGACCCCUGGUAGAUACGUUUGAUUAUAUGACCAGAGUCCCAGAUUUUGCUUCAUGUAAGAAGCGCACGAAAAGGAGUGGAAAGACCAAUUUACAAACUCUGGGGCGAGAUGAGUAUUAUAACUGUACCAGAGAUCCAUACGUAGUAGUUAUUCCUAGUAACGUAACUGGAAAACGUGGCGCGUUUUUCAUUGGAAUUCGAUUACCAUAUCCUGAUGAUACCGAAGGAAACAAGCGUAGACGCAGGUCUUGUUCAGGAAAUGGGAGGCAGAAACGGUCUGAAAUAUGUGUGGAAUUUAAGGACCCUCCGACUACCCCUCCACCGACCCCUAGAACAAUUAUCCCUACCUACGAUCCCAGCACCGAUGUCAACUACACUUUGGCUAUUUCAAUGGCAACGUGUUUGUAUUGGUCAGAAACAAAAGAAAAAUGGACAUCAGAAGGAUGUAGGGUAAGAAAUUUAAUUUAAAUUUUACGCGCGUAAAUAAAAUAGAGGUAAUGUAUGGAGGGUCGCGCGUAUACGUAAAAGUUGAAUCUUGCGCAACUUUUACGUUAACGCGCGAUCUUCCACACAUCACUUUUUAUCUAUUUUAUUUACGCACGUACAAAUUGCGCGAUAGUGGAAAUCCACCCGAAGUUUGUAUAUUGUUCAGAUUCAGAGUAGGCAUUUUGCAAUAGUUGGUCACGUGAUCAACUUACUGUAAACACGAAUAUAGCUUGCUUUUGGAAACUUUUGUUGAAGGGAACUUAAAGAGCAUAUUAAAAUUAGGUAACCUGUAAAUUUUCAGCCGUAUAUCUCAAGAGAAGCGAUUGCAACGGCCGCCGAAAAUUAGAAGGAUUUGCAUGAGAAAAACAACUCUUGCCACCCAGUCACGCUUGAGUGGGUUUUCGUAUAAUCCUUGUAAAUUUUAAAUAUUUAAACUCUCGUUAAAUCUCUCCUUUACUCAUUUAAGGGCUCAAAUUGCCUGUCAUGAAAUAAAGGAGAUUUGAGCCAAGUAAUGCUUAAGAAAUAUUUCACGACAGUUUGAAAAUUUUGACAUUUACAAGGAUUUGUAUGGAAAACUACUCAAGCGUGACUUGGUGGCUAGAGUUGUUUUUCUCAUAAAAAUCCAAAACUGCUAAACGAGCCCAGCAUACGCCCUGGUCGUGUAAUAGGUGAUAAACACUUCAAUUUGUGUAUUAAUUUUGUCAUACGGAAAAUAAAAACAUGAAAAGGCUUCUAAAAGCAAGCCAUUUUGUCACUCACAAUCUGACAAGGGAGUGUGACUAUUGAGUUAAAAUGACUUUUUAUUGUUUUAGCCGAAACUGUAUCAAAGUUAUAUUUAUUGUGAACGGCACUGAAGUAAGUCAAUCUUACUAAAAGUUCAGUGUAAACAGUUUUUCCCACAGUUGUUAACAGUUGUUACCACAGUUUUAACAGAGUUCAGUUCUUCAGUUGACUUUUACAGUAACAUAAUGUUUUUUAAGCCAUGGGACUGUGACAGGUACAGUAGCGAGGGUUACAUAUCAUGCACUUUAACUGCAAUUGAGAAAUACUAACUGAAACGGAAAUGUAAAAGUAGAUACUCAAACCAAAGUAAAAAUACUGUACUGCUACUACGAAUUGUACUUAUCAUGUCCAUAUUCACUAUCACCCGGCCCACCCCAUGACUUCAAUGGCCCAUAUUUUUACGAAAUGGCCCAUAACUUUUGAAAGUCAGGGACCAUGGGCCCAUUAAUUUUUUAUCUAUUUUGCCUUUCCAGUCCCUGUCGUCUGCUCAUUUUCUUGUUUUUGAAGUUGUCAACUUAAAUCUCACGUUUGCCGUUUAUACGUAAACGCCAAUCAAAAUCUCCUAUUGGUUAUGAGUUAGCCGAAAAAUAGGCAGGACUUCAGAAUGUAGCGUCAGCUUAGUACGAAGAUUACCACUGAGGACUUGGCUAGACGUGGUUGGCUUCAGAUGUUAUACGUACCCCUGACAUGCAAAUGUUACUGAACCACGCUCACCACCUGUGUUGUGUUUGCCUCUAGGUUAAAAAGGUAUCUUGAGUAUGCUUUUAAAAAAGUAUACAGCUGGGGGAAAAAGUUACUCUUUUAGUUAAAAGCUGUUCUGAAGCAGUGUCAUUGUUUAGUCUGCGCAGUUGUGGGUUUUUUUUAGUGUGUAGAUUAUUUAAUUUUAUGGGAAUGAUUUUAAUAGUUUAGCAGAAAAGGAGAUAAAAUUCUUCUGUGCCCUUUAGCAGCGGUUCCGUUCAACGCUUCAGUGUUUUACAAAUGAAAUGUUUUAUCCUUCACUCAAGGGAAAAUUCUCUUGCUCUUUUCUCUUAAACGGUAGAGUUUCUUUGUUCCCAGGGGUAAGAUGCGAGAAAAAAUGUUUCGAAUGUACAGUGAUUAUUGCUUUUUCUACUCAAUUAAAGGCUGGUCCAAACUCAGCUAAUGGAUCUCUCCAGUGUCUCUGUACACAUCUUUCUGCGUUUGGUGGCGAUCUCUUAGUUGCACCGAACCCAAUUGACUUUGACAAAGUCUGGGACGCGUUUAGUAACCUUUUGGAAACAAAGAACUUCGUUGUUAUUGGCACUGUGUGUGCAAUAUUUGGACUAUACACCAUUGCAGUUGUCUUUGCAAGAAGAGCAGACCGCAGCGACAGUCAAAAGGUGAGUAAUGUUUAUUUUAUAGCUUCGCCAAAUAAUGGCAGACACUACAACAGUGUAAGCUAAUUACUGUGAUCCCACGCAAAUCACUCCCUUCCCUAAACAACACAUGGAGGAGAUAGACCAUCGUGCUUUACAUCCCCUACUCUUUUACAUCUACAGUUGUGUGAGUUCUUUAACGUCUUCCUCUAAUUGAUGAAGGAAGGAUGAAGGAGACGCAAUUACGCAUUCGUCUACAUAGCUCAGUUGGUUGAGCACUGCAGCGCUAACUCAGAGGCCAUGGACUGGCGGGGAUUGAAUCCCUUUGAAACCCCCUAAUUUGCUUAAAUUUCGAUUAUAACUGCGAUGGUCAUAUUUCAUUUAGAUUGUUAUUAUUAUCAUCACCAUCAUCAUCAUCAUCAUCAUCAUCAUCAUCAGUCUUAUUAAUAAUAAUAUCAUUAUUGUUACUGUUAUGAUUUUAAGGUGACCCAGGUGAUUCCCCUGGGCGAUAUGAACGCAGAUUACUACUGUUAUGAGCUGACAAUAUACACUGGACUAUGGCGUCGCUGUGGUACCUCCGCAAAUGUGGCAAUUAUGAUUUAUGGGGAAGAUCGAGAUACAGAUGUUAUUCCUCUCAAUUGUAACAACAUGUGUAACAAGAAACUUUUUGCUCGGGGGAGUGUUAAUACCUUUAAGUUAUCUCUCAAGGAAUCUUUGGGAGAUCUGUCGCACAUUAAGAUAUGGCAUGACAACUCCGGGGAUAAUCCGCAAUGGUUUAUUAAUAAGGUGGUCAUCAGGGACCCUAAGACCGACACCACGUGGGUUUUCAUGUGUAACCGCUGGCUAGCGGCUGAGAGGGACGAUGGAAAGAUAGAGCGCGUGCUUUACUUGUCAACAUCAGCGGAAAUCAGCAGUUUUAGAAACAAGUUUUACAGCAGAGCAACGUUGGGGCUUGGUGACGGACAUAUUUGGCUUUCAGUAAUUACCAGGCCUCCGACGAGUCCGUUUACACGCGUCCAACGUCUGUCGUGUUGCUAUUCUGUAUUGAUGUCAGCUAUGGUUACAAACGCCAUGUUCUAUCAAUUCGGCGCCGAAGAGACUAGCAACGCAUUCCAGAUCGGUCCCCUAAUCUUUAGUUGGAAGCAGAUUAUUAUCGGAAUUCAAAGCGCCGUACUUGUGGUACCAGUCAACGUGUUGAUCGUUUUUAUCUUCCGUAAUAUACGUUCCAAACAUGAUGUCACACAUGCUUACGAUACAAAUACUGACAACCCUAAUCCAGCAGGGGAGGGCACGCGCAAGUCAGCCUGCAAGUUCCCGCGAUUUUUCCUCUACGUUGGUUGGGCUAUUUGCAUUUUGGUCUCCAUGACUUCUGCCGUUUUUACAAUUUUCUACUCUAUGAUGUGGGGCACUGAAGUGUCUAACAAAUGGUUGACCUCGAUACUGGUAUCGUUUACCCAGGAUGUCCUAUUUAUUCAGCCUAUCAAGGUUAUUAUCGUGGCGUCUCUAUUAGCGUUCAUUAUUAAGAAGGCACCUGAGGACGAAAGCAUUCCGGAAUACCAGAAAUCUGUUUUGUAUUCUAAAGUUAAGGUAAGCCAAUUACAAGCUUUAGGUCUUCGUAUCUGCCUUGAACAAAAAGGAAAUAUAUUGUUUUGUUAUGCUUCUAAAUUUGAGCUCGCAGGCCGGUUGAAUUAUUCUUCGAGAAGGACAUGUUGUAAUUCUGGCCAAACUGGUAGAAAUAGCUUUCAGUAUUUUACUUCAUUCAUACUCGUUAGCUAGCAAAAAGUAAACAGGACUCCUAACCUAAACCAAGAAAGAUUUUGAUAUCCUAGUUUCCAAUUGUUUCAAGGCCUCUUUUUAUUACAUCAAUAUUCCUAGAAGAAAGGGGUGGUCAGCACUUCCAAGCUCUUUUAAAAACCUGGAGCACCUCAAAUGAGUACAAGAAUCAAAAGGAAAAGAUCUUUCAUAUCUUACAAAUUAUUGCCUGCAUGGUUGACACCUAUUUCAGACGAAAAAUAAACUAUAUUUUGUUAAUAGGGUGAAUCUCAUGAGCCACUCAAGCCAGAUCAAGACCAACUCAGAUUAUUCCGCGAGUAUCGCCUGAGAGUGCUGACCAUGGCUCAAGUUGCUAUCGAGUUGUUUUUCUACCUGACAUUUGCCUGGGCACUAAUGGUGAUCUGUUACGGACGGAGGAAUACUGGGCACUAUUGGAUGACAAAUGGCAUUGACGAACUUUUGCCUCGCUUUAAUAAGGUAAUGCACUUCAUGUUUGAGCCAGCGAACGGUCAGGACAGCGGAGGGAGAAGUGGGUAGGUUUUAUGUGCAGAACAGAGUGUCGAUCAAGACCUUACCUAACAAUAGCAGAAGUCAUAAUAACUGCUCAUUAACAAGACAAACCUAGCACAUACAUUUGCAAUUUCUCUAUUUUUCUUAGAUUCGCGAUACUAAUACAUUCUGGGCCUGGACCAGGAAGUACUUUGUCCCGGCGAUGUACGACCUCAAAUGGUACGAUGGGCAGCCAUUUCAAUACAAGGAUGGUUUUGUAUCAGAUCUUUCUAAUUUUAUGGUGGGCAUGCCGCGAUUUAGACAACUGAGAGUUAAAUCAGGUACGUUAAGAGUAAGACUUUCUAAAAACACUUUUUAAACAUCAGACAUUGAAAAUUUAAAGAUUUUUGCUCAGUAUACCAUUGUUUGAGUUAUUCUUAGGUCGAUUAGUAAAGCCACUUUUUUUCGUUGCAUUUUGAUGUGAAAUCGACAUACAACAGCAUCAAAAAAGAUAAUCAAACUGAAAUUGGUAGACCAUUUCUGUUUCAAGGUUUUCCUUAAUGUUGAGGAGUUUCCGUAUAAUUCUCAAAUGCUCUUUCUACUUUUUGCCCGUUUAUCUUACCAGGCUCCUGUCCAAUCGCACCUCAGUACCCAGAAUUCCGGAAAACCUUACAUCCCUGCUUUCCACCUUACAAAUUUACAAACGAGGACCAGACGCGCCACAGCAUGCCUAAAUGGCGGGAAAUUCCAGUCAAUGAGACAGCGUUCCUGUCGGAGUUCGAGCUACGUCAGAUGUGCCCGAGACCUUGGCGCUAUAACAAGGCAGAGGAGUUGCACACUAUUCCUAUUCAGGUGUGACUACAUUUAUACAAAAUUGCUUAGUAUCAAGGCCUUCCAGAUACCCAAUUGUUUAAGUCGUAAGAAAAACACAAGCGCAUCCACGAAAUCAAUAUGUGUUGAGAGAAUUUGAUAAAAGAUCAAGGCAUUUUCGCUUAGGUGAUCUGUACACGAACCGAAAUGAUCCCCGACCCCAAAUGAUCCCCCAAAUCGACCUAAAGACGACCCGAAAUGAUCCCCGACCUCAAAUUUUCUCACACGCGACCUGAAAUGAUCCGGGAUGAUGGGAUGACGUUUAAUUCCCGAAGAUGCUAGAAUUACUAGAACAAAAUAAAUUAAAGAAUUUUGACUCGAAUUGUUUGAAGUGUUGAAGUAUUUAAAAAUUUUGGACAAUUUGUAAAUAAUUAUAACUCCUUUUUAAAGAAUUUUGCAAGAAACUUUAGAGUUUAAAUUGGAGGUUUAAAUCGCGCAAAUAGCAUCUCGUUAGGCCCGGUUUAAACGUCAAAUUUCACAUGUGCCGAGUCUGGUACCCAUUUGGUUCUAUUUAAAUAAGUAAAUCCACCAUUUUAGACGUUGAAUCACGAGGAGUUUUUAUAGAGUUGGGAAAGAAUUGACAAUUGUGGGCUAUAAUAAAUUAAACAUGAUUUAAAAAUUCGAUUCGGCGCAAAAGACAACGGUUGAACUUCUGUCGAGAUUUGACUGGCUCAGUCGAAGAUGCGACAGAAGUCGUGUUGUCGAAUUUGAAUUUUAGUUAGACUUCAAACUUCCUACACAUUCAAUACCUGAAUUAAAAUUGGCAGAUGUGAAAUGCGAUGUUUAAACCGGGCCGAGAUGACGCUCUUCAAAAAGCAGAAUAGAAUCACAGUUGUAAACCACGCGGUCCGCGACAUUGUUGUAUCCGACUGAUCUUCCGGUAAAAAGUCCAACGAAACAGACUGCGACGAGACUGGGACGAAACUGGAAGCAUUUUAGCACUACAGUUCCGUCUGUCUGGUAUAACGACCUCCACAUUAUUUCGGAAACGUAAAUUCCAGGCAGUCAGUAUAACUGAAAAUAACUUUGUGCAGUCGAUUAGCCAUUUUGAAAAGAUUUUGCGUUUAUAGCCGAAAAACGGAAUUAAAUCGCUUUAAUCUUAUCCCCGAGAUAGAAAUUUUUUCCCAUUCCACUCCUAUAAUUCCUCGGGGAUCAUUUCAGGUCGCGUGUGAAAAAAUUUGGGGAUCAUUUGGAGUCGUGUUCAGGUCGAUUUUGGGAAUCAUUCGGGUCGGGGAUCAUUUCGGGUCGUAUACAGAUCAUUUAUUAAUUGUCACAACCUAAUCUCUUGACAAGGUAUGGAUAUUGACAAUGUAUGGAUGUCUAGGGGAAAAUUGAUGUUGGUCACCAUUAACUCUUAAAAGGUUAAAAUUUUAUUGCUCGAAGAAAGGUUUGCGAGAGAUUAAGAUAUAGUUAGUGAUCUCUUUGCCCAUAAUUCUUUUACUUACCGUAAUUCUACAGUGUAGAAAAAGGUAAAAGUAAUAAUCUGAACGCUUCUUCGUUUCUUGUUAUGGCUAUUUGGCUUAACUUUGAUCGAUUUCUUAAAUCUUUCAAGCCACGAUUUUCAAUUGCAAACCUCUUUAUAGUGUAGUCUAAACUUCAAACUUCUAGGCAAAACUUAAUCUACUCUAAAGGUAACUACGUUUUAUUAAUUUAUAACUUGGUUGUGUUUAGGGUUUGAGAGCGAUUUAUGGCGGAGGUGGGUUCGUCGCAGAUCUUGGCUACACAAAACGAUCAGCCUUACGUGUCAUUCACAACUUGCAAAAUAACUCGUGGAUCGACGAAAGAACUAGAGCAGUUUUCAUUGAAUUUAUGAUUUUUGACUCCUCUACAAGCCUCUUUAGUGCUGUUUCUCUUCUUAUGGAGGUUCUACCUCUAGGCGGUGUCUGCACAUCAAAACGUAUCAACACAAUGUCACUUUAUGGAGCAAGAACCUCGGGUGUGAGAUCAUUUAACAGCCUUUGUGAGCUCAUAGUCAUUGUGGUCGUAUGCUACUUCAUCAUAGCGGAGAUUGUGAAAGUGUGCAAAAAGAAGUGCACUUACUUUAAGUCAGUCUGGUCCUACGUGGAAAUGGCGCAGAUAUUAUCCGCGACAGCUACGGUCGUGCUUUCAAUUUUUCGACGGUACCAUACCUCCAAACUGGUGCACAAAAUUCAUACGAACCCAUUCAAAACAUCUAGUUUUCAUUAUGUCGUCCUCUGGUCGGAUUUCGAGAACGUUUUGAUGUCGAUCUUGGUCUUCAUUUUAACCGUAAAAGUUCUGAAGAUUCUUAAAUUCAACCAACACAUAUCUACUUUAGCAUCAAGCAUGGCGCGCUGUAAGAAGAAAAUCAUAUCAUAUUCGGCCGUGUUCAUGGUUGCCUUCUUGGCGUUCCUGCAAGUCGCUCUUCUGGUUUUUGGUAGUACUACAAAGGCUUACUCGAGCGUUUCCGAAGUUUUCCGAACUCAGUUCGGAAUGUUCAUCGGAGGUGAAACGAAUUAUCAGGAAGUUAAAGAUGCUAACAGUAUCAUUGGACCAUUUUAUUUCUUUUUCUUUAUGACAGCAAUGGCGUCUAUUCUCAUAAACAUGUUUCUGGCGAUCUUAAAUGAGACUUAUAGAGACGUGAGAAUUUAUCCUGCCGAUCGUGACAUUGAGGAAUAUAAAAUGUUGGGCGUGUUCCUCGAUUACGCUAAGAAUAAAUUUGGAAGUCAGUUAACCUCGAUGAAAAACACUAAGUUUUACCCUGAGAAGAAGAGUUACAGCGUUAAACUGAAACCAGUGAAAAGUGAAAUAGAAAACAAAUACACUCCAAUAAAUUGGAGCGCCUAUGACUUCUGUCAAAAGACUCUGGAAGAGGAAGAGGCUACAGUAGAAAGCUCGUUUUUUAAGGACAUCAAACGAUGUUUACAAAACGUUCGCAGAGAUCUUAAGGAGAUGUCUCUCCUACCACGGUCACGUAAGUACGAAGUUCACAAGAUUCAAAAGCAGUUUGAUGCAGAGGAGAAAUCCAUGAACUUGAAAUCUUCUUGCAGGGGGCUUGGUUUAGAAAGGAUUUCUAGCAAAUGCAGUUUGUUGAGUUUGAGUGAAAGCACAAUGUACCUAGACAGACACAAAGGACGCAAUGAAUCAAUACGAAAACGAUUACUGAAUUACGAUGAUUGGUCAGAAUCGGAAGAUGAUAGGGAUUGGGAAUCGGACGAUGAGAAGCCUUACGCGGAAUCCAUGGGAACUUUCUUCAGGACACCUGAGAGAAAAUCUGACCCCGACAGGGAGACUAUCCUUUAAUUCAAAAGAAAGAACUGAUUCAUCACCUAGAUUUUUUACAACUAGGUGUAGCCGUUUUAAAGCAGGCACAAUGUAUGCAAACAAAAAAUAUCACAAACGGAAUUAGAUGUUACUGUAUAAACAGAAAAUGAAUUUGAGGCGAAAUGCGAAACAGCUUCCGGUUAUGCAAAAAUAUUUGAUUGCGUUAGCUGUCACAGUAAGAUGCACAAAGCUAAUCAUAACAAUAUGGGACGAUAUUAUGUAAAUCUGAAAUCUGCAAUCCUAUACCAUAAUACGAGAUCUACGCCCACUCAUACGUUAAUGUUGUAAUAUGUCAAAAACUCGGGCCUCAAGGCCGUUGGCCGAGUUCUUCCAUCUUUUUCUUGAUGUUUGGAAC